AUGUCGUCUAGAUGCGCCAUUGUACGAUUGCGGGAUCGCAGAGGACGUAAACUCUGGAUCGUAAGUGCAAAUACGGAAACCGCUGAGGACAACAGUAAGAACGUCUUUUAUGAUGAAGUUAAUGCGCUGAUGUCUAAAAUACCAAGCCAGCAGGUUGUCGUUGUCGGAGUCGAUGCAAAUGCGAAGAUGGGACUCGAACAGCAAUACGCAGCAUGUGCUACACCGUUCGAAUUGGAAAUCGAUGUGAGACAAGGAGCCGUGGCAGAACCGUUUCUGUUCAACUUUGCCUUCGAUGGCAUAAUGCGACCAACGGUUGAGCAGUGUCCUCCCGAUGUCAUUUUAGCACUUUCUGCACGUCCCUUGCCAAUUCGGCGUUCAACUCGUUCAACUACUUUUGGCCGUUGGUAUGCCAUAACGAAGAACUUUGCUGGGAAGUGGACAUUGUGUACCGAUGAGAAGUGGAAACGUCAACAUCUUGCCCGGCCUUCUGAAGUAGUCGUGGAAGACCGUCUUCGCGUCUUUGAUCACGUUAUGCGGAAACCGUCCUGUCGUCUUGUUGAAGUUGUCCUGGGGAUGCUUCCUGAUCAUAAUUGGAAAAGGUCCCUGAUUAAAGAAGGUUUUGGACGGAAAGUGGUGAAAGAAGAUCUGAGGACACGUGGCGUUGACAGGCAGUUCAGUGAAGACGUAAAAGUCCGCCGCUUUUGGAAUAGCGACAGAUCGGUAGAUUCCAUGCGAACUCUAGCUGAAGCUCGAGCAGGGUUGGCUCGGAUAUGUUCAAGGACGACACACCUCGACGAAGAUGCCCACAGCCGCGUUAAGCCUCAACACGAUCCCCCACGAUUUGAGAUCAAGUAA